AUGAGACAAAUUUCAAGAGAUCAAGUGUCAUCAACACCGAUUUAUUAUUUACCUCACCAUAGUGUCAUUAAAUUAGAUAGUGUCACGACUAAAAUCAGGGUGGUGUUUGACGCUAGUGCUAAAACUACUUCAAAUAUAUCUUUAAAUGAUGUUUUAAUGGAUGGUCCGAUUUUACAAAAUGAUCUAUUUUCAGUUUUGUUGAGAUUUCGAAGACACACGACCGCAUUUAUUGGCGAUUUGACGAAAAUGUACCGCCAGAUAUUAAUACAUCCUGAACAUCAAAAUUUACAACGAAUAGUUUGGCGAGAAAAUCCGCAAGAUGAAGUAAAAUAUUAUAAUUUACAAACGCUAACUUAUGGCGAAAAACCAGCUUCAUUUUUAGCUACGCGUUGUCUUAAACAAAUUGCAAUAGAAAAUAUCCAUGAAUACCCCACUGAAUGCGACAUAAUAAAUAAAGAUAUGUAUAUGGAUGACAUCUUAACAGGUGCUUCGGAUAGCACAGACUUAAUCAAAAUUCGCGAAAAUCUAUCUAACAUUUUGUUAAAAUACGGAUUUGAAAUACGGAAAUUUCAAUCUAACGAUGUUAAUUUUUUAAAUACUAUAUCGGCUACUUCAGAUACGCAGUACUUGAUCACGGAUGACUCAUCUACUAAAACGUUAGGCGUAUGCUGGAUUCCUUCUUUAGAUAUUUUUCGGUAUAAAGGUCAAGAUUUAGAAUUUAAAACCGAUCAAGCGACAAAAAGAUCGAUUCUGUCCUUUAUUGCAAAAAUAUUCGAUCCUCUCUCUCUUUUGGGUCCUAUUUUGAUACGCGCAAAACUUCUUAUGCAGAAUUUGUGGUUACUUCAACUAGAAUGGGAUGAGCCAAUUCCUAAUGAUCUUUACACACAAUGGCUAAAUUUUAAAACCGACUUAUUAGACAUUCAAUCCUUACAAGUUCCUAGGUGCGUUCUAGUAGCUAAACCUCGUAAUAUACAAAUACAUGCUUUUUCUGACGCUAGUGAGAAGUCGUACGGAUGCGCAAUAUAUCUACGUUCUAUUGACGAGCAGGAUUGUAUCAAAUGUAAUUUACUUUGUGCAAAGUCCCGCGUAGCACCGUUGAAAUCAAUUUCUCUACCACGUUUAGAACUCUGCGGAGCGUUGUUAAUGUCACGACUAUUAUCUAAAUGUUUAUCUAUUUUAGAUCUUCCAAUUAAUGAGAUAUAUCUUUGGACGGAUUCUACGAUAGUUCUGUCAUGGAUAGCAGGCCAACCACGAAUGUGGAAACUUUUGUUAGUAAUCGGGUGUCGGAGAUCCACUCGCUAA